CAUCGCCCAGUCUGGACGUGACCAUACGGUUGAGAAAGCGCGUCCACUGCCCACUCCUCCUCAGUUGUCACAGCGUCGCUGAGAGGAUCCAGAAGAGGAAUGUCUUGUUGGCAAAGGAGAAAAAUGAAAGCUAUGGCCGCCGCGCACCGCUGCCUCUUCCUGCUCCUCCUGUCCACGUGCGUGGCUCUGUUGCUGCCGCCACCCCUGGGUGCCCUGGGAGCCCCGCUGGAGCCAGAGUAUCCAGGGGACAAUGCCACAGCAGAGCAGAUGGCCCAGUAUGCGGCUGAGCUCCGCAGAUACAUCAACAUGUUGACCAGGCCCAGGUAUGGGAAAAGAAACAAAGAAGGCAUGCUGGACUUCUUGGAGUGUGGGUCUCCCCACUCAGCAGUCCCCAGGGAGAUCGAUACAAUGGACUCAUAACGCCACUUCCUGCUCCUCCAACUCCAGGGCGAGGCUGGCCCAGGUCUCCCAUCUGCACCCUUGGCUCUGGCUGUAGCUUGCUCCCUGCUCCCAUACUGGCUAAAUAAAGCACAU